CUUAACAACCAAACUGCUGUGUGUUUGAGAUGGAGAAUACUAAUCCUCAAGUGUUCAUCAGUUUCAGGGGAGAAGACGCGCGUGAAAAGUUCUUGCCCCUUCUCAAAGAUCGUUUGAAAAGGAGCAAAGUGAAUGUGUUCACCGACGAAGACGCGUCUGGAGUACCCCUCGAACAUCUAUUGGAAGAGAUUCGAAACUCACGAAUCGCAGUUGUUCUCCUUUCCAAGAACUACGCAGAGUCACAUUGGUGUUUGAACGAGCUGGUUGAGAUCAAGAAAUGCAUAGAGACCAAGAAGCUUGAUUUCGUCAUACCCGUCUUCUAUAAGGUGAAGACUCAUCACGUCAAGAAGCAGAGCGGGAGGUUUGGGGAAAAGUUUCUGGCUUAUCAAGAGGCUUUGCUUGUUGAAGCAGGUGAUGAGAGGAAGAAGAAGAAGCGUGCCAAUUCCAAGAUCAAGAGAUGGAAGAAAGCUCUAACGUUUGUUGCUCGAAUGAUUGGAGUGUCUUAUGACAAGAGGAUGUAAGACUUGGUGCAUGAUCAAGAUGUUGAACUAAUACCACAUCUUUAAUUUUAAACCCCUCUUUGUUUGCAGGUCAGACUCGGAUUUCGCGAAGAAGAUCGUCGAAAAGGUUAACAUAAAUUUAGCCCAAAUUGCUGCAAAGGAAGGGCGUUACAGUAUUCCACAAAAUAUUACGGUGUGUUAAUACUUAACCAUCACAUGAACAUUGGAAACAGUUAGGAAAAGAAUGGACAUGAAUAAAAUUAUAGGAAUGAAGAAGAAUUAUUAUUUCUUAUCAUAUUUAGGGAAGAACAAAUUUGUUUUAUAUUUUUUUACAACAAAAGAAAUGAAGGAAUAAAAAUGAAAAAGAUAUUUCUUAUGAAUGGUAAUUUUUUUAAGAACAUUAAAGAAUGCAUUAUUCGUCUUCGUUCCUUUGGUCACCAUUCAUAGUUUUUUUUCCUAAUGAUGAGUAGAUUUUGUGUUAAAAUAAACGUGGUGACUAAAUCUCUCAUUACAGAUAACACAGGGAAACGUAUCAAACAUGUAUGUGUUCCAUGUCAAUCAGUUAAGCAUCAGCGAGCUACAUGUUUCACAGUCAUUAGAAGCUCUGUCUCUAGCAAGUUCAAAUUUGGAUUCUUUGCCUGGUAAUCAUAGACGCGCCAUCUCAUAUCAGAACCACAUAGAUCAAACUUCUCGUUUGUCUGGUAAGUUCAAAUCAUUACAUGGACCUACAUAUGUCUUCUGGAUAUUGACUAAUGAAUUGACUUAAAAAUUCACAGUUGAAUCGGCCAUGACUGAAAAUCGGGGCGGGGAACAAGGGAGCAAUGACAGUAUUGUCCCGGAAAAUAAUAAUACCAAGGAGCGUACUACUUGCAUUUCGUUUCUGUGUUAUUGGUUAAAGAUUUGUUUGUCUUACAUCCCCAGCAAAAGAUGAUCCAAGGAUUCAAAGAAUUGAACCUUCCGCUGCAAGCAACUGGCCAUCUUUUGUUUGCUUGUGACUUAAGCAAAGCCUUUGUUUCACCUUCUUGAGAUUGUAUUCGCACUGAUUUACGUUGAAGAUCAAUUGAUAAAAGAUAUUUCAUUGUCCAAUUAGUCUAAUACUACCAAACAUGUUAUUUGUUUGUAAUUGAGUGAUAUGAUUGAAAUAAUAGUAUGCACUCCCAUAGUAAUACAAAUCUUAGUGAAGUAUUUAUAAAUAUCCUCAAUGGAUAAGUCUAUCAAAUUUGUAUAGAAUGAAUGUAUAAAUUUUAUGGACUUUAUCCAGAAGAAAUAUCAAACGAUCAACUUUGUACAGAAUGAAUAAAUUAGAUAAUUUCUAUAAUCUAUAAUGUUAAUUGAUAAAUUGUCUAACGCCUUCUAUUAGAGAAAAAUAUCCAUAAUUAUAUUCAUAAAUAAUAUUUAUAUGCAAAAUAAAUGAGAUCUGCAAAUCAGGAUUAGGUUAUGUAGGUGUUAGACUGAUGGGAGAUUAUUGGAAGACUUGGAUUUGCAUUCAUAUUGAUAAAAGGUUCAGAUACAUACACUUGUAUAGAACUAUAUAAUUAUAAUGCAAUCACAACUUUAGAUAUUCAACUACACACAAAUCUAAGUAUCUCCACAAAGGCUUUGUGAAUGGGAU